CAGCAUACCUGGAGAAGGCACUGCUGCUGCAACAGCAACCUAGAACACGGUCCUAGUACCACACACAUACCUUCAUUGACCUGGCAUCGUAAACCCCAGCGUCUCUUACACCACCACACACCUUGAAUUGGCCUGCCUUAGACCCCCGCCUGCCUCUCUCUGGAAGUCCUCUCGCGUCGACUGGCAGUGAGCGCACCUAGGGGGAAAGUUUUGUUAUGGUGGCCGUAGUGGCUCAGUUCGAAGCGGAUUGUGGUGGCAACGAUACGCGUGCUCUACCACGCUACCUGCACAAGCACUCGACUUACCAGCAGCUAGAAAUGGAACGACACCAGUCGUCUUACAGCCACUGCCUGGUGUAGUGACGACAAUAUCCUAAUCCCACGACUGACAAGCAGUGCCAGUGUGUUAAGACCUUUUACAGAAAGAGCAAAGAACUCGUCAUUAAGACAAAAAUACUGUUUAAAUUCGCGCCUUGAAAAGUUAUUGAAACACAAUCAAUUACAAAUUUUUCGGAACUUGUAACUUUGAUAAAUAUUGCCAAGACUAGUGAUGGAAGUCGCUAAACUUAUGAAAUGGUGAGCCUUGCUGAAUCUGUGAGGGACUGGUGAUGCUAAGUGCUUGUGACAGUGUAUAGCAGUGUAAAGUGAGUGUAGGACACUCGUCACGCCUUGCCAGUGGUCACCCUGCAAGUCUUCAUCAACUACCUGGACACUGAAGCAAUCGAGUGUGGGUAAACUGAGGCAGCAGGGCGCGGACAGCGGGCGUGGGGGGCGUGAAUCAUGCCAUAGAGGGCGUGGAUAGUCCGGAACACCAUGCCUGAGGGUUCGAGUAGUAACUGUCACCUUUGUCACAUCCACGACCACGUACCGGGAUCCUCUCUGCUACGGACGCACCCCCUGCGGGUCUCCCACACGCGCUCCCGUAACCACAGCAGAAGUUCCAGCAGCGGCGAGGGACACCCACACCACUCCCACCAUUCCCGGGAUCACUCCCACCGCUCCCGGGACCCAUCCCGCCACUCACGCGACCACUCCCGCCACUCGCGCGACCACUCCCGCCACUCGCGUGAUGGCAGCUCUAGGGAGAUCAGAGACAUGGAGGCCAAGCAGGCCAAGGCGGCCAGCACUCUGGCCAAGCUCAGCGAGAGGUCUCACUCGCUGCCAGGGAGUCGCAGCAGCACGCUGUCGCGACCCAACGAAGUUUCCGUCCUUCCGGACGGGGACGCCCACCACCACCAUCACCACCACCAACACCGCGACCGCCGCGGCUCGACGGGGUCGCGCGCAGACUACAAUGGCGUGUUGGCUGCGCUACUGGAGACCCGCGCUGCCAGUCUUCCCAGGAACCACAGUGUUAACGUCCACAGGGAACCAGACCUGCUGACCGCCCUCCCUCGCACACACAACAACAGCAGGUCAAGCACUCUGUCACGGACCCGUGACCCUCACGGCAGCAACCUGACCCUGGCGCAGGACACGGAGCAGGACUACUACAUGCAUGUCCACCGUGCCAGGUACAAGGAUGAGGCUCGCAAGCAGAGGUUCAACUUGCAGACCGUCAUGCUCAUCGGCUGCUACACCUUACUGUUCGUGGUGGCCAUAAUCGUGGGUGUGGUGCUGUGUCAGCAAAAUGGAUGGCUGGGCUUCGGCAGCAGCAGAGCCGAGGAGGCUACUGGUGAAGCCAAUUCCCCGACCCGGAACACCAAUAACCUCUCCUUAGGGCGCGACCAGGACCGGGCCACCCGUGGCAGAGGCUUCAACAGCCGUGGCAACCGGCCGGGACCUACCAUAGACUACGAUUACUCUGACGAUGGAACCUCUUCGAACGGCAACACGGUGGGUGCUUUUCCAGGAGCAGGGGUACCCCUGCCAGGCCUCCCUCAGGGUGGUAGAGAUCCUCUGAGGACAGUGAACUUCGUACCCCUGGAUGAGAGUAACCCUGGGGGUAAUGGCAUGCCACGACGUCCCUCUAUUGGCCAGGGUGGGUCUCCGGGGCCUGGACAACGCGCAAAUAACGGAGUUGGAGGAGGGAGAACAGGAAGCAACGUACAAGGUAACAACAUCAACUCCUUCAGCAACUCUGCCCCUGGAGUGGAUAACGGAAUUGGAGGAGGGAGAAUAGAGAGCCCUUUACCAGGAGGUGGUAACAACGUCAACUCCUUCAGCAACUCUGCCUCCGGAGCGGAUAACGGAAUUGGAGCUGGAGCCGGACGUCCCUUCCCAGGUAACAACGUCAACCCCUUCCACAACGCUGGCUCUGGAGUGGAUGACCUAAACUCGGUUAGGAGCGGCAAGAGUUUAGAUUCCUCUCGUGAUCCAUCAAACACCGUGUCAGGGGGCAGCAGAGACCCCACAGGAAGGAUCGUUGGUGAAGGACAUUCUAAUUCAAUGAAUCCUUUUAUACCCUUAGGCGCUAACAAUGCCCCUAACAACUUCAACACUGGCAGUAUUCCUAUCGCUAAUGAUCCACGUACAAGUGGUUCAAAAAAUUUCCCCAACAGCCAAGGAGGAUUCAGUAACGAUGGUUUCAGCAACAGUCCCCCCAACACGGCCAUUAACAACCAAAGAAACAUUAAUUCAGGUUCAAGUGUCGAUUUUAGUAAUGGUGGAAGCAGAAUGACUUCUGGAGGCGUGGCUCCUGGAGAACUUGAGGCCGAGAGCGUGCCUAGCACUGUAGUGGGUGGCAGUCGCUCCAGGGAGAGGCUGAUGAACGUCUUCGGCAGGACUGUAAACACUCCUGGUGAUUCCUUCAAUGGGAUGACGUCGACUUCAAACGCUGCCAACGACAAUUUUAACCCCGGAGUAGCAGGCAGUCAAGACACUCCAGCUGGGAACUUCAACACGGGAACUGAUAGCAGAGUAAACAGCCCAGCUGGGAACUUCAACACGGGAACUGACAGCAGAGUGAACAGCCCAGCUGGGAACUUCAAUACGGGAACUGGCAGCAGAGGAAAUAGCCCAGCUGGGAACUUCAACACGGGAACUGACAGCAGAGUAAACAGCCCAGCUGGGAACUUCAACACGGGAACUGACAGCAGAGGAAAUAGCCCAGCUGGGAACUUCAACACGGGAACUAACAGCAGAGGAAACAGCCCAGCUGGGAACUUCAAUACGGGAACUGACAGCAGAGGAAACAGUCCAGCUGGAAACUUCAACACGGGAUCUGACAGCAGAGGAAACAGCCCAGCUGGGAACUUUAACAGUGGACUCGGAACCCAGGCUAACUCCCCGGUGAAUGUAGCUAGCAUCCCCGGCGCUGCAACAUCCACCAACUGGCCGGGUACCGUAAACUCCGGCGGGGCAGGUCCAGGGUCUGGAGGUGAGAGGAUGGCUGCCAUCGCUAAUGGAAACCCCAACUCUCCAACAACAGUAAGUGUAAGUAACAUUCCCAACGAAAAUCUUAACCCUGGAACGGUUAGAGGUCACAGUACUCCGGGUAGGAAUCUCGGCUCUGGAAUCACUGGCAUAAGAAAUAUUGCAGGUGGGAAUUUCAACGCUGAAAUUGACAGCAAAGGAAAUAUUUCAGGAAGGAAUUUCAACUCUGGAACUGGAAGCAAUGUUCAAGGUGGGAAUUUCAACAGUGGAGGAAAUAUUCCAAACAUGAACUUAAAUUUUGGAAAUAGUGGAAGCAAUACUCCAGGUGGGAAUUUUAACUCUGGAGAUGGUAAUACAGGAGGAAAUACUCCAAGUAUGAAUUUCAACUCUGGAAAUAAUGGAGGUAAUAUACCUGGUGGAAAUUUCAACACUGAAACCAACCACGGAGGAAAUACUCCAGGAAUUAACUCUGGAAACACUGAAGGGAAUAUUCCAGGAAUGAAUUCUGGAAAUAUUGGAGGGAAUAUUCCAGGAAUUAAUUCUGGAAAUAUUGGAGGGAAUAUUCCAGGAAUUAAUUCUGGAAAUAUUGGAGGUAAUAUUCCAGGAAUGAACGUUGGAAAUAUUCCAGGAAUGAACUCUGGAAAUAUUCCAGGAAUGAACUCUGGAAAUAUUGGAGGAAAUAUUCCAGGAAUGAACUCUGGAAAUAUUCCAGGAAUGAAUUCUGGAAAUACUGGAGGGAAUAUUUUAGGAAUGAAUUCUGGAAAUAUUGGAGGGAAUAUUCCAGGAAUGAAUUCCGGAGAUGGAGGAAAUAUUCCAGGAAUGAAGUCUGGAAAUACUCCUGGAAUGAACUCUGGAAAUAUUGAAGGAAAUACUCCAGGAAUGAACUCUGGAAACAUUGGAGGGAAUACUCCAGGAAUGACCUCUAGAAAUAAUGGAGGGAAUACUCCAGGAAUGAACUCUAGAAAUAAUGGAGGGAAUACUCCAGGAAUGAACUCUGGAACUACUGGAGGGAAUACUCCAGUAAUGAACUCUGGAAAUAUUGGAGGGAAUACUCCAGGAAUGAACUCUGGAACUACUGGAGGGAAUACUCCAGGAAUGAACUCUGGAACUACUGGAGGGAAUACUCCAGGAAUGAACUCUGGAAAUAUUGGAAGGAAUACUCCAGGAAUGAACUCUGGAAAUACUGGAGGGAAUACUCCAGGAAUGAAUUUAAACUCUGGAGACAGAGUGAGUGUGCCUGACAGGACAUUCAUUGCUGUAACUAGCAAUGGAAGAAUCAGGCCAGAGGGGAGUGUGCAAGGUGCAACAGGAAGCAGCGGCAGCAGCUCAGUUAAUGACAAUGCCGGGUUGGGCUCUAGUCUUAACCCGACAGCUGAAAUCUUGAACGCUGGCCAAGGCAGCAGCACGAGCUCUGGAGCACCUGUAGAUGCUGAUAAGUCUGGAGCAGCCGUAGCUGUUGGGAGUCUAGAUACAUCCGGGAAGGACAAGGUCAACUGGGACAGCAGCGCUGUAGGUGGUACGCAUACUUCAAACUGGAAUAACACACCAAAGCAGUUAGAGAAUCCUCCAGUGGUAACUUCCCCAAGAGCGACGCAAAAUGGAAGAAAUGGCGUUCGUAGCUUAGGCAAUGGUAACCAGCGCAUUAGGCAGAACGGAGGGAGGCAGAACGGUGCGAGGCAGAACGGUGCGAGGCAGAACGGUGUGAGACAGAACGGUAUAAGGCAGAACGGCAUGAGGCAAGGCAACAUUAAUGGACAGAUCGUGGGCCCCAUCACACCUGGUAAUCAAGGCAACCUUCCAGCUGACACCAGCAGUUCCAUAAUCAGGAGCCUGGGAAGUGGAGUUCGAAGUCGUGACAGCCGACAACCUUCACUAAGAAGCCUGAGUGUCGCCACUGGUGGAAGGAAUGCCAACACCCAGACGAUAGGCGCAAAGACACCUGAGGGAACAUCUGCAGGAGGUGCCUCGGGUGUCAACAUUCAAGACAAGGUGGGCCACAACUGGGAUGAAACCACUGCAGGAGGUAAACACUUGGGAUCUAGAGUGGGCAUAGACCUUCCACUCAUCAAUUCUGGAGGAUUAAACUCUGCAGGCCAGAACUCUUUUGAUGUCACGGUUCAGAUGUUGGGGAGUACUGGAACAGUGAUGCCCAGGCCAGCUGUGAGUCGGACGGGCACUGUGUUACCGGCUGGAGGCGACUUUCAGAACACCGUUACACCACAUACACCUCUAAGUGAGAGCGAGAGGGGUAUCACCAUCAUCCCUCCAUCAGGAGACCAAGUGACUCCCUUGCAGGUGAUGCGCGGGUUCUCAGUGCAGCGCGGAGAGGUGGUAUCUCUGAGUACCAUCAAAUCUGACGAUAAGGAGAUAGCCAUCUUGAGACCUGACCCCGAUGUUAUUUUCCACAUCACUCCCAGUGCCCCGGACGCCGGGGUUGCGCUCAUAAGACACCCGAGCCAGAAGCCUCCUGAAGCCCUCGCUCCCAAACACUCCAGCCAGAAGCCUCCUGAAACCCUAACGACGGGCCAUCGUUCUCGUGCAACUCCUGAAGCUCUCACGUCGGGAACUCGUACUCGCGCGGAUUCUGAAGCCUCGACGCCAGGACAUCGUUCUCGCUCGGGAUCGAGAAACAGAGAUUCUCUUCGAGCGACGAGCCUCCGGAGACAGCGGGGAAGAGACUCUAAAGUGCUACGGCGGUGGGAACACAUGGACGGCGAGGGGACUUUGUCUCGAGGCCUCGUCAGGAGUGACGGCUCCUUCGCCUUUACCAACUGCCGUCCCCCGGAGGUGUGUGGCCUGGACGACGGCUGAAGGAAUCUCUUUGCUGUGUUCGCACGCAACACGGGCAAAUCUUAACGAAUGCAACGACAAGUGUGAUAGUAUAAUGCUUUUAGCAUCAACAGUGUUAAAUAUGUGUGAUAUUUUUAUGUCAAAUCAGUGCAGUUGAAAUGAUGAAUGCAAACCUGUGCUAAAAUGAUGCUUGUUGCAAAGGUGCAUCGAGGAAAAGGUACCGUGUUUUAAAUAUGCAACGCUGACUGGUACCACCCGAUGGCAGGUACACCUAACAAGUCAAUUUAGAAACAACUUGAAACUAAGUUCCUGGUCCAGAGAACUUUAGUCUGACUUGCCUUGACUCUAGCCAUCCAGAUAUAACAAUAUGAGUUUUUUUCUUCAAAACAAAGUGUCAAUAAAAUGACCUGCAGAAUUAAGAGUUAUUUUUCUAAUCUUGAACAAUGUAUUUUGUG